CCUUCGCUAGUGUAACCUAAAAGUUCUAAAUUUUUUGCUAGUAUAGUUUUGAUUUGCAGAAAUUUAAAUAUAUAUAUAAAAAUGUCGGGACAUUUAGCUGCAGCUAGUUUGGAAAAUGAUAAUAUCUAUCAGAUAAGUGAUGUUGAUUUGGAUGAUUGCGAUGAUGACGACGACGACACGCUUUUGGAAGAAGUUUUCGAGCCACAUCCUAGCAAUAGCAAUAGCAUUAGCCAACACCGCGGCCCUUAUGAACGAGCUUGGACUACUGAAGCUACUCGCGCUCUUAUACACGUACGUGGGCCCAUGGAAAAUCGUUUCUGCGAGGGACGACAUAAGCGUACAGCUCUGUGGUUACAAUGUACGAGGCAAUUACAAAAAAUGGGCUUUCGUUACAAUGCAGCGAAGGUACAAAAAAAAUGGCACAAUAUUCUUAUAACGUAUAAUAAAAAUUUAAGCAAAAAGUAUGCUACCGGCUACGUACAUUGGGAAUUUUUUGAGGAUAUGUUCAAAUAUUUACAAGGUAAAAAAGCAGACUUUGAAAUACAACAACGCAAAAGCAAUUCAAUGCAAGAAGGAAAAGUGGAGGAGAUUGCUGACAAUCAGUAUAUGAAAAUAGUUCAUGAGCCGAUGAUUCAGGCUCAUGUGGAAAUCGAUUCAAAAUCGAAUGAAGACUUUGAUGAAGACGAUAGCGGUGAUACCAGAGAAAUAAAAAAACCCAAAUUAGAGUUGAAACAGGAGAAAUUCGAUGAUGAAGACCCGAUACAAAUAUCAGUAUCAAGCAGUAGUGGAGGAUACGAUCAACAAAAUUCAAGCAAAUAUAAUAGUUUAGAGCCACAAUUUACAGAAACCUACGAGACCCGAGCAAGGCCGCCCUUGACAGCCCCUUCUUAUGAAAUAAAAGAACUAAUUAAACCAGCGCCUGAUAAUUGGUGGCAGGACUAUUUUGAACGCAAAAUUCAAGUAGAACGUGAUAAGAUUGACUUGCAAAAACAAAUGCAUCGUGAUUUAAUGCAAUUCAAUAAAAUGUCUUUAAUACAACAGGAGAAAAUCGAACGAAUUAAAAUUGAUGCCAUUAACAGUUUAACUAGCACAUUACAAAAAUUAGUAGAAACUAAAUAUAAAAAGACUUAA